AUGGUCCCUGUGGCCACUACUGGUGGCUAUUACCGUUACGGUGACAGCAGGGCCUUAAACAACGCCAUUAUCCCGGACCGCUACCCUGUUUUGCAUCACCAGGAUUUUGGCAGUGAGUUAUUUAUCAAGUCCGUGUUUCUCGAAGAUCGACCUGCUCUGUGGGUUCCGCCAGAACCCCAUAGCUCCGGUGGAGGUUUCAAAAAUAUUCGUUGCCAUCCCCAUUUAAAGCCCGAUGCUAUAGAUUUACUCCAUAUGGACGUAUCAAACCUGGAUAUUGACGCUCAAUUGCUUGAGCAAUUUAGUUCACUCGGAACUGACGAUCGGGAAGAUCUGAUAAAGGCAUUUCAACGCGUUGUCGGACAUGAGGUCACCGCCGAGUGUAGUCGCUUCUUUCUAGAACUUGCCAACUGGAAUCUUCAAAAGGGGAUUGGAGCUUAUUUCGACUACAGCUUUGAAGCUGCGCCGGAGACUUCUGUUCAAACCCACACCAUCAGACAUAUCACCGUUGAAGAGUCAAGCAGUCAGUCCCUUCCAGAACCUGCCUUGUACAGUGCUCGCGUCUACCAUUCUCCGAAUUCCGACUUUAAGAAAACUCCUACCUUAAUUUGGUGUGUACAGAAUAGUGGACCUUCUGCAUGGCCGGCAGGCAGUUAUAUUGCUGCAGAGGUAAGCCUUGUUUCGUCGGUAAUUCCCGAAAUAGACCGACUCAUCUACCGCUAA